CGAUUAUGCGGCAAACUAGCAACUCCCGCUUAUAUCUGGCUCGCGCCACGCUUCAGCGCUCAACGUCUGUAGCGCUCGCUCUUAUCUCGACGCUGUCCUCUGAUAUCAGGGGGUGCUGCUACGACCGUGUUUGCUGCUGUCGGAUCUAGAACAGAUAGGGAUGUAUGCACUAUCCAGCUUCAGCAAACAGGUCUUCAGCAACUCUGAAAGCGAGGUUUGCUCACGUUGUGCCGUCUCAGGUCCUGAGAGACCGUUAUACCACUAGUAGCCUUUGUCGUAAGCUCUUGCGGUGGAAAUGCCAGCAAUAGGUAGCCAUAUACAUCGUCAACGUUGUUGUCUGCGAGCUGGUCAGCGUACAGUAGUAACACGCACGAUAUCUAAUGCACCACGGACACUCGCGCUUGACGGUUCGGCCACCAGUUCUCGCGGAGACGUCUUGUCGGUUAUACUACCACCCUCUUCGCCGCUAUACUCAUUACACCCUCGCUGCAGUGGAGACUUCACAGCAAGCAGCACCUGAACUCAGAGUCUACGCAUAGUACACGAACGGCUCCUCUUGACUGUUGCCUCUACCAUUCCUCCUGCGCAAACACAAGACAUAUCACCUCCAACGUUCGCAAUCGCAUAGCAACCGGACAGGUCACGAGAUCCCCGCUGUCCUAGUACGCACCCGCUUCACUUCAGCUAGCCACCUGCC